AUGACCAAGGCAAAUAGGUUUGACGCUAUCAUUGAUGAUUUAGAUAAACUGUCGCUUUCUCCGGGACUGAAGACACAGAUAAGCACAUUUGAUUCGCUACCCUUAAAUGACCUGUACCACUUGAAAACUUCUGUUGAGGAUGAGCUUUCACGAUUAUUUCAUUUACUGCAUAAUGAAUAUCAGUGCGAUUUAGAUUCCCCCUUGGUCACUGAAGAUGGCUUUCCCCGUGAUGAUGUUGAUGUCCUUCAGGUGCGCUUACUCCGUCGUAGCAUCAACAUGCUAAGGAAUGAUCUCAAACGUAUCAUCGAUAGAUGUGAUAUAUUGAUUUCCAAGCAGUUCCAGAACCAAUAUCCGGAGCCAGUAAAUAGCACUGGAACAAACCAGCGGUCAAUCGAGUACAAGAUACCUUUUGCUGUGGUAUCAAGUGUCGCACCGAACAGUCCCUCGUCAAAAGCAGGCAUUCAAGUUGGCGACAAGUGGGUUAGGAUUGGCAAUAUAAAUGCAGCUAACCAUCAGAAAUUAGCAGCAGUUAGUCAAAUGGUUAGGCAGCAUAAGGAUCAGCAACUGGAAUUGCGAGUUCUUAGAAAUGAUGGUACAUUUCAUGACCUAAUACUGAUACCAACUACUUGGGAUGGUUCCGGUUUCUUAGGCUGCCAAUUAUUAGAACUAUAG